CAUUGUAUCGACCGUUUACUGUGCGCGCUCUAGUUUCUCUUACCGUAACCGCUGUCUGUGUUUGUGUGCGUGUUUCUAUAGCUAGACCAGAAGCAGAAAUUCUGUGUCUCCGCGUGCGUGCGUGUACAUGCGCUUUAGUGUGUGAAGCUGCGUACCACCACCUUUGCCUACGCGACUAGGUGCCGACGACGAUUUGCUUUAGAUAAACUCCGGAACGUAUAAAUAUAAAAAAGCGAGCCUUUUUGUGUCCCUUGUCGGUUGCAUAGUGUAAGCUCACUAGCAGCAGCUAAAAAGGCUCUAACUCUUUGACGGAAAGGAAGAUAGUCGGAAAGGAGAUAGCGGUGUGACCUCUCUCUAGGCGCAGAGCAAACAUUUUGGUGUGGUGCAAAUUGAAAUUAACGGCUUCGGAAAAGUUGCGACAAAACUACAACGACGACGACGAGCUCAGAGAACACGUAGAAAAAUAUAAAAUACGCACACACACGACUGCAAAUCCUCGAGAGCAAACAGGAAGCAAAACACGGCACUAAAACGCUCUAAGGACGAACGCUCUCGACGACGACGGCCGUUUGUUGUGUUUUUGCUUUGCAGGUGAAUGAAUAUUGUUGUUUGUUGUUUGUAUCCACCCUCCAGAGAGCAGCCAGAAAGCAAGUCUAGCAAGACAAAGGUGGUGUGACAAGGUGAAACCUUCCAGGAAGUGUACCGGAAAGCACGAGAUUGUCCUGCGGAAGUUCCAGAUUCGAGCCAUAAAUCAGGGCCAACUGCUGUUGUUGGUUGGUUGGUUAAGGAGAAAGAGAGAGAGAAAGCACGAAAUAGUAAGGGAAGCCGUUGGAAUGAAUCAAAUUCGUCUGCUGUAAAAAUAAAAGCAGUUGUUAAGCAGUCGUGUCCCGGUGACUUGUACAACAAGAAGAGGGAAACGUUCUUCAGCAGUCCAUUUGUGGCAAAGCAAAGCCCGCCAAAAGAAGGAGUGUGCAUGUGCUGCAUUAAAACCACUGAGCACACUUAAGCUAGCCGGAGCAGCAAAAAGCCUUUCCACUACUUCCUUCGAGUAAGCUUUUAGCUCCUACAAAUAAUUAUAGAAAGCGGGAUUUAGCGACCCACACACACACACACAUCCAUCUAAAUCAAGCGCACGCACGCACGAAUCCACAAACACAUCGAGAGAACAAGGAUAAAGUGCGCCACAACCUUUCCGUCUCUUAGCUCUCGAACCCGGUUCGUUUCUGGUUGUGGGUUCGCCCAACGGCAUCCACCACCACCCCCUCCUCCCACCCCGGGCAUCAGGCUUCUUCAGCGUGCAAGGUAAAAUCCCCCCGGCCUCACGACGGAUCCGUACCCGGCAGCACUGCACAAAAUGUCCAUACCGACCCCGGCUGGACAGCUUGACGGGGCGGCCCUGGCGGCCCCCAAGUACGGGACGCUCAUACCGAACCGGGUGUUUGUCGGUGGAAUCAGUGGCGAUACGACGGAAGCCGAGCUAUGCCGUCUAUUUUCAUCGUACGGUAACGUCAAGUCGACCAAAAUCAUCGUGGACCGGGCCGGCGUCAGCAAAGGGUACGGUUUCGUGACGUUCGAGACGGAGCACGAGGCACAGAAGCUACAGAACGAUUGUGAUUGCAUUGUGCUGCGGGACCGCAAGCUAAACAUUGCGCCGGCCAUCAAGAAGCAGACCCUGUGCGCCACGAACGGUGCCGUGUACUAUGCUGCCACCCCGCCAACGCCAGCCAUCAACAAUAUACCGAUCGAGCAGUUCGCCACAGUCUACCCGCCCGGUGUGCCAACCAUGUAUCCUCCCACGUUGCCGUAUCAGCCGUUCUACCAGUACUACAGUGUGCCAAUGAACGUUCCCACCAUCUGGCCUCAAAACUAUCAAGGAAUCUACCCGUGCUAAGCGAUAGCUGCGGCGUGCGCGUACGUGGACGACAAUGAAGCAUAUAUAGAGUAAAGAAAUGAUAUAAGACUAUAAAGCGCGAACAGUUGACGGGUGAGAUCAAGUCUCAUCAUGCAACGGAAUACCGGUGCCGAAGUAGGAAGCGGACAGGCAGCGCAGCAGCAGCAAAAGCAGCAGCAGCAGUAGCAGCAACAACAACAGCAACGACAACAGCAGCAACAGCAGAUCGCGAACAAAACAAAUCUUAUUUAUUAUCAGUCAGUCACAUUUAUACCGACUGCGUGGAGGUUGUAGCGCAAAUCAGAAUCAGAAGAAAAUUACAAUCGAUGUAUAAACAGUAUAACUAGAAUCGGCAUACGGUUAAUGGAACCAUAGGAUAGGAGAGCGUGCUAAGGAGCCGCAUACGAUAAGCACGAACAGUGGAACUAUGGGCGGAACGCUAAAGUACUCCGCAACAAAACAACGUGUGGUCAAUCGAACGGUGAAGCAAUAACGUUACAAACGCGUCGACAAAAAUCGGUGAGCUUAUGAGUUUGUUCUUCUGUACUUAUAGCGCAGUGCGCAUGUAGGAUGGAACCGUUUGUUGUUUUGUUCCGUUUUUUUUUUGUGGUAGCAGGAUACGGGCAGAUACACUUCUGGCCCCCUGCCGCAGAGUAUUAUGUCGUACGAAACAAGAACGCAGCGUACUAUCAAAACCCGAAUGCGUAAUAAGCAAGGUGGCGUUAAAAGCUAGUCUUUCUACCAUGACGCGCGCUGUGUCAUGCAGCGGAUACUUAGCGAGUUGCAUUCAGCAGUGUAAGGAGCGUCAAUUUAAGCGUGCGAUCUGUCGCUGGGAGGUACGUGUGUCAUAGGGUAUCUCAUGUACGAAAACAUCGCAUGCUAUAAUCCCCAUCCGGAAGGGAAAACACAAGUCAACAAAGCUGUCUUUGCCAAACACACACACACACUCGCACACGUUAAUGGUCCCAACAGCCGUCGCCAAUGUCGCCGACGUUGAUGGUGUGAAUGCGGAUGAUGAUGAUGUGUGGAAAAGUUUCGAUAUCAAUUCUCCUGUACAUGGCGAACGCUGCACGUUCUUCGUCCCCCGGGUGCAAGCGAAAGAUACUGUGACACCGAAAUGACUCGUCGAUGGAGUUGUGACUAAGGAUCGAGGGAAGGGGCCGUCGAUGCGCUGUCUCAUUAUACGUUAAUAUCGUCAGGCACGUAAGACACACAUGCACGAAAGCAAUGGUUUAGAGAAGAAAAAGGAUCAGGCUGUGAAGAGAAAGGAGAGAUUUCUACCGGUUAGGAUAAUAGCAGGGCCUCGUGACCGUGAGUAAGCGAAAUGCAAAGGAUGUUGAACAUCCCGCUCCUGCUCGCGCUCUAUCGUUAGCUUCCCCCAAGAGUGUGAAUACAAAAAAAGCAACGGUAUUCGAGAAAAGAAAAACAAUAUGAUCCAACUAGAAGCUAUAGGAACAAGCAAAAAAAGGGGCAAGGCUUUGCGCUUCCAUUUACAUCAAAAACUCAUCGCGGCACAACUCCACCGAUGGGGCGGGGGAGGGAAUGUAGCGUAGCAGCAGCGCACAGACACAUAUUCCAUCACGAUUCACUGCGCUCACAUCACACCGAAUCGAAGUAAUUCAAACCGUCAGGGCAAAAAGUAACAUUCAGACACGUCAACAAAGGAGAGCAGGAAAAAAGGCAAACCAGGAGCGGCGAACAGCAUUAACAUAGAAACACACAUUUUCCUCGGCGCACAAAAGAAGGCAUCGGGUAAUAGGUAAGCAAAGGAUAAUAUGCCUCUCUAGUCAUCUAAAGAGCGCAAAAGGAAGUGAAGGUAACUCGGCGGUGUACGUUGCUUUCUGCGUUGGGUACGGCGGAAAAGUUGUAUCCACACCAACCGGAUAUAUAUACAUUCAGGCAGGGCCAAACAGAGAGGAACGGUAGGGUGUGAUGCGCAAGUAAAACAAAAGCGAAACGAACUCGCUGUCUCGCGCUCUCUCUCUCCCUUGACACGACGGAAGCUGUACAGGUUGAAGCGCUCACCGAAAUAUAUACGCAAGCAAGCGGCAGAAAGAUAGCAAUCCCCUUUGCAUUUUCCGGCUUGUAGCUGCAAGUCGCGAGGGAAUUUGCCCGCACCGAAGAAGAAAGGGACCUCCUAUGCAUUUGUGUGAACGUUUUUUCUGGAUGUUCUGACUGUUGGGUGCAUCGUGGUAAGCUCAGAAGUAAAAUACUACCCGCAGGUCUAUCUACUUUUGGAGCGUACCUCCCACGUGGUACAUCGCUGUUCAUCUUUGGGUGUGUUGCGUGUUUGCGCUCCUUCUUUUCGUGGUGUUGUGGAGAUUGUUCGAUGCCAAAAAUCAAAACAAAACAAAAACUUCUCCGGAAAUAUCUUUGGCUCUAAGGCUUUGCGUACAGCAGGGAAAUUGAACGAACUUUAGUUGCUGCGCAAAAGUGAAUAUAGAAACUUUAUGUGUUGCGCGGCCCGCGCUUACUGUUGGUAGACUUGGGUGCUUUUGCAGCAGGACGAGCGUAAGAUGUGAGAAUAUACUGAGCAAGAUUCUACGCACAGGAGUGUUGUUUGAUUGACGGAUCCUAACACCUAAGGCGAUAAUAAGAUUUACAUGAGUGAGAGUAGAAACUGCAUCAUUGCAAUAUUUGCUUUAGCUCGUACCCGGUUUUACGUGCGCCGCGCCCCCAUGUGGUCCGAAUGUGAUAUUCCGAUAACCGAGCAGAGGAAGAAGCACGCGCGAUAAUAUACAUAUACUACGAGGUGGUGGUUCUCCAUUCACCAUUGGUGGGUGUGUGAGCGUGUGUGUACGCUAGGUACGCAGCAGCCCCAGUUACUUAUAUUGUGCACCGUUGAUGUCUUACCUUGUGCCAGCGACGUGGUCAAAGAUGAUGUCUUUUUAAGCCGGUUAGCGCAAUGGCAAAGUAAUAUUAGCAGGAAGAUGGGAGGAAAAAGCCCAAAUGUAUCAGCUUUUAUCCGUUUUGCAUUACCUUCUUCUUGAUGUGUGUGUGUGCGUAAAAGGCGCGUUAGCACAAUUUAAUAUCAAAACUACAGAAAGAUGAUUUUACCGUAACCUAUCACAAAUAGCAAUAGUCGCAGAACGACAAACUUUCACACAAAACUAAUGUGCGCUGUACCGCGCCCUUUUUGUAGUAAAGAGAAACCUCCAAUAACUCAAUAACCUACCUAGCGUGUGUAACUCAAACCCCAUUAUUAGUAUUGCAUUCAAUAAGCAGAAGAAAAAAACACAAAGAAGACCGAUAUGUUGUGAGCCUAAAGCGCAUAUUGUUACGUUUGGUGCUAGCAUUUUGGACGCUAUUUUGCAUGAAAAAGAAAAACACAGCCACGCAAAAUGAGCUUCCGGCGUCACAUGCCGCGCGCAUCGGAAAGUGAUUGGCGAAAGCGAUCAUCCAUCAAGCCGAACGGAUCCAUAAAGCUCCCUUUCCAUGGAGAUGCCUAUUAGGCUGUCUGGUACGUCCUUGUUCCGCCGAGCUGCCUCUCUCUGUGUGUGUGUGUGUUACGGGCUGGGCAACUUUUUUGUGUGAGGUUUCUUUUUAAAGCUGUUUCCCGUGUGUGAGCAGGGCGGGGAAAACCCGGUCAAUGAUUGAUGAGACUUAUUACAUCGAAUUCGGAAACUGUCGGCGCUUGAUUUGAUAUGUGUAGCGCAUAUGUACGCCCGUAUACGUGGCACCAGGUGUCCGGAAUAUUAGCAAUUAAAUAGUGACACAAUUCUAACGGGGCACAGUUACUUAAAGCGCGGAAGCUGGUGGUGCCUAACGACGCCUUGCCGUAGAUGGUUUACAGUUUCAAUUCAGUAGGAUCUCUUAGACACCACCGGCCAACGGUGUACUAUAGCAGAAGAAGGCGUUUAGGAUGCUAAUUCCCUUUUCCCAUUCGUUAGCCCGCGCAUCUUGCCUGACGUGUACUUUCAUGCCACCUCAGUUCGAUGAGUCGAGAUUGCCCCGAAAGUCCCCAAUAGUGUUUAGCUGAACUGUACUUGUUUGCUGCUGUGUGGUGGUGGUAACGUUACAUUCGUUCCACCCGCGCAGCAUCCUUCCUCAUCUCCCGUAGCAGCAGCAGUCGUCUUUCGUUCAGUUUCUGCUAGCCAUCCCGCUGUGAGGGGGUAUGGUAUGAGUUGAAGCUUUUUUUGAUGUCGAAUUGCCGUAGUGAUUCUGCCCGAUUUUGACGCCAAAUCUAGUGGGUGGGGAGUUAAGCGAGGGAUUAACCUGUUGCCAGAGCUUAGAUGCAGCUGUGGUAAUGUGUGCGUGUGUGCAGCAACCGGUGGCGCAAUAUUUCUGCCGUCUGGACUCGGCGGACCUACUUAAGUAAGACAAAUAACACUCUCAAGCAAAGCAAUUGUAGCGAAUUAUAGCGGUAAGGUGCGCGUAGCAAAUGGGUCUGGAAGACUACCGGGCUACCUCGGGUGAGCGAAGAUGCGGUAAAAAGGGUGAGGUGAGGGGUCACGCCUCACACCAAAUAGUGCUUGUGUGUUUAAUGAUUCUCUGCUGCCAUGCCACACGCUGAUAAUCAGGUUUCAUCAGUUUAAAAUCACUUUAGUUUAGUUUAGUCACUUUGUUAUCGAUGGUUGCGAUCGAACCUCCCCUCCCGACGACCCCCCCCUUCGUUGAAUAAUCAUUAUAGCGCGGUGCAUUGUAGCACCAUUUGUUAACUCGUUUGUCCCAAAGACAAUGUUGAAAAUCGAUGCGAAUUAAGGUCGCGUUAAUGCGAACGUUAUAUUUGCGCCAAAUGAUAAAUCGUUAUCUCCUGUUGCUAAGUGUUUUCUGUUUUAGUUGUUGUGGCGGUGAAUAUUUUGUUGUUUUUCUGUUUUUUUCUGUUUUUCUUCCUCGUCUUUGCUUUGAUUUCACCCAUCAGAGUGUGUGAAUGACACCGAACCGCCGUGGUGUACAUCAUGUGGUUUGGUAGUUCGAAAGGUAUGCAAAGCACACUCGCACAAGCAAUUGUUGAGCAUUUUUUCUAGUUUCCACGCUAACGAAACAUUGCUAGUUUUUGUGUGGGUUGUGGGGUAAAAGUGUGGUAAUUGAUCAGUUGGGAAAGCAAAGCAUCAGCACAAGAUGGAAGCAAUGUUCGGCUCACAACAACUAAAUUGCGAUAAUGAGACUGCGUCAAACGUGGUAAAAAAGUAGCACGAAAGACACAAUGCGCAGUUGGUAAAUGUUAGGUAAAAGCAACAAACAACAAAAAAGAGAAGAAAAUAAGCGAAACAGGUGGCAAAGUUAUGCGGCGAACGCAGAUAACUCUUUAAUUAUUUUAAGAGCAAAACCUAAACGGGGAAUAAAUCUACUGAAAAGAGGAUAGAGUGCAUAGAGGGAAUGAAGCAACUGAAAAAGCAAACAUAACCUAACAAUCUAGUAAAUAGAAACAUACUGUAGCGAACAGAUAUAACAACACAAUCUAAACUCUUAGCGGUAGGACACACGAAGAAAGUGCAACACGUUAGAGCAAACUUUCAGCGAGAGAAGCAGAAAAAACGGAUACGAGACAAAUAAAAAUACAAAUAGAAAUGCAAUAUAAGCAGCAGUAAAGCAAAUUUAAUUACAUCCUUAACAAUCUCGUUGAUUGGCGAAGGUGAAAAGGAAAAGUUCUUUCACAAUUACUAGAGACAGAAAGAACAUAGUGCUCUAACCAAAUGGCGUCUAAACAUCAAUAGUAGAAACAAAAAAUGGCAAAAAGAUUGCGAGAAAAUGGAUGAAACAAAUAUUAAAGCGUACCGAUAGCACACUACAUCACAUCGAAAAAGAAUAAAAAUAAAGUAGCCAACAAAAAAACCGUAGCAAAACCAAAACAAAGCACCUUAAUAGAAGAGCAUGAUGCAAAUGAUGCAAACAGAUUGCAAAAAAAAAACGCGUAACGUCAACGCCAUCAUGCAAGCAGCAGAUGGAGCCAUUCCCCGCCUGAUGCAAGCACAUACCCCAUAGUGUGUUUGACACCAUGUGAUUGAGCUGGAUGUGAUCACAACUACACGGACACGGAACAAAAUCGAUUGAAACAGCUAACGUACACUAAAUGAAACUAAUUAACCAUGAAACCACCUCCAUCAAUCGCACACAGUACAGAUCACGUCAAAAUUUCACACUCACACACAGUACAGUACAUAAAAAUGCCACACAAAAGGCGUGUGCGGUGGUGCACAGUUGAGAAAAUGUAUAUCAAAGGUUUCAAAACAUGCAAAAGUGCGCGAAAUGUUUUGAUAUGAAAUUUAUUGUUAUUGUUGACACAGAGCAAAGGUGUGUUGUGUGUGUAUGUGUGGGUGUGUAUGUGUGUUGAUGUGGUAGAGAAAGGGUUAGAGAAAUGCUAGAUAAACCUGAAGAAUUCGGAAGAAUAAAAGCCCAACCUAGAUUCCGAUGGGAAAGAUGAUCUCCAACACAUCACAUAAAGCAUAAGGACAGGAAAAGCAAAGAUCUUGACUGCAGGAAAGGAUGGUCGGUUAUAAUUAAUUGUUGAACUAAGAUCGCUCAAUAUUUCCACAAACACACACGCGCGCGCGCACAGGCACACACUCACACGGACACUCUUGGAGGUUGUUGAUUAGUGCAUUGUUAGGAAGAAGCGGUUCGUGUGUUAUUAUUUCUUUUUUUAAAAAGGUGAAAUGAAACGUACUCAAACACACAUGAAUUGCUAAAAAGGAUCUCGCCGCAAUUCGAGCGAUUCGCGAUAAUAGGGGUUGGUAAACAGAGUAAUGAAGAAAAUGGGCGCGCUCAGCAAGAGAGAGAGAAAACAAACAACUACAACAACAACGCAAACAAUGCAAAACGAUUGGAAAAUCCAAAAGUAAUAUUUGUGAUAUAUUUGCCAAAACCAAAUGCAAAACAAAACUGAUAAAAGAACGCAGCACAGCAAAAGAAGUAAUAAUUGUCUAGUGAACGUGCUCCUCCUAUACCCGGCAAACGAAAACCCCGCCCGGGUGGUAUUUUUGUCAACUAGGUUAGGUUUGUUGAAGAGAAGGCCCCUUUUUUGCUGUGUGCGGUGCAACAUUUUGUGGAUACUCUUUUCUUUGUUCCGUUUUUUUGUUGUUUUUUUUUGUAUAACAAAAUACGAUGGGAAAUGAAAUUCUUUUCCCACUACGAUUCAUGCUCUCUUUGUCUAGUACAUAUUGGCAAAUCAGAUGGCUUCCAUUAGAGACACACGGUGAUCGUUUGUAACUGAAGUGUUAGGGACAUCCUUUUUUUCGUCAAAUAUGAUCAUCAAAGUUCAAGGAUCAUCAAAACCUCUGAUCAAACUCUCUCUCAUUCAUUCGUCAUUUUCAUGCACGCUUUAGUGGCAAACGAGUUUAGGCAAUUGCUGCCUUACCUAGAACCGACGGAACUUGGAGAGAACUAUCGGUAGAAGUAUUUGUGCUUUGUUUGCAGCUUAUUCAUGGCUAUGGGAAACUGUUCGCAAUUGAACAUGAUAUAGCAUACAGUUUGUGUACUUUAAUUGCACCUUAACAUUACAUAUGUUGGCCAUCAUCAUGUAUCAUCUUUUUGCGCGCUUAGCAGUAAAUUGCUUAGUUCCUAAUUUGUUGCUUAUUUGCUUAUUGUCAUGCAUUCAUAAAGUCAGCGAUUCGACGGGUUCGUUUGGUUAAGCAAAUUGCAAUCGUUACCAUGAUUAAAACGUCUCUGCUUACUUACUGUUUGAUGCGAACGCUUCUUCUCUCUUGCCAAUCGUAUCACCACGAACACACAUCGGACGAACUGUUGUUGCUUCAUCUCAUUUCACCAAUGAUCAGUGACGAUAGAGGGAGUAGAAGAAGACAAACAGAGAACGAAAAAAGAAGGAAACCCCAUACAUAAACGUGUAAAAUCAUCCAUGUUAUAGUAGAUCAUCCAUCAGCUACAAUGCAUGGUCGUUGUUUGUGAGCCGAUUCUAGCCGGUAGACGAAAAGAUAUAACUCUUAAUUGCCCCUAAAUCUAAUCUAGUGGAUCGCUGAUGGUGGCGGUUGGCGGAACGAAAAAGGACAUUUUAAAACGAAUAUAUAUAAUGUGCUCUAGUACGAAAACCUAAACAUGUAAGAAAAACCUAAGUAAACAAAUAAACAAAAGAAGAAGAAACUACACACAUACACAUUAAUAAUAUUAUCUCUAUUGAGAUAUAAAAGCAUACAUUAUUUAUUUAAAAACAAAACGGCUAGCGGUGGUAGAUCAACGGCGCGGACAAAAGGAAGGAAGAGAUAAAGAAUAGCAGAGCGAACAAAAGAAGAAGAAAAAAAAAACAUGACGAGAAAACAAGAAAAAAGAGACAAUGUGCACGCGCAGAGAUGACAUAAUAUUGAAAUGGAAAAUCUAGCCAGACGAGAACGUGAAAAGAAUGAACUAAAGUCUAAUUUAUUUAUAUAUAAUAUACUAUAUACAGAUAAACGUAAGCAAUAAAAAAAACAAAAGUAGAGAAACUGAUAAGUCAACCCGACAAUGGCAAAGUAAAACUGAAAACGAAAUUUAAACCAUAAAUUAGUCGAAACGGUGUGAAGCAUGGCAAGCGUUAAAACAGAACAGAACAGAAAAAUAACACAGCAAAACGUGUGAGAUGCAUUAUAAAAAGAGUAUAAUAAUCGAUAUAUACCAACACUUAUAUAUAUAUACAUUAAAUAUAUACAAAGUAAACGAACCCUAGGGUGUAAGGUACUAGUGAACAACACAAAGAAAACACAAAAUGAAAGCACAUUUUAUUCCCCAUCAUUGGGAGGGGGAGAGAAAAAACAACUCAUUCAUUACGUCAAUCUCCAUACCUCCUCAUACGGACACAUUUCACGUCACAUGAAAACACUCUUAACCAAACCACUCCCUUAGAUGGUUAGAAAUGUAAGGAAAGACACUGGAGAAAGUAAAAGAAUAAACAACUGAAAAUGCAUAAAACUCACUCAAUCUUACCAUACAACUGACACAGACAGAGGCAGAGAGAGAGAGAGAGAGAGAGACACGUUAUCUAAUACAUCAUGUAUCGGCAGGAUGCCAACGGAAACGAUGAUAUUUUUUAAAAAUAUUAUACCUAUACACAUGCCGCAAUGGAGAAGAGAGCAAGGAAGCAGAUAUUAUAACGACAAAUGAAUUGGUUUGGUUAGGAAAGGCCAACGGUUAGACAAUGAUAUGAGUGUUUGUAUGUAUAUGUGUGUGUGUGAAAGAGAGUGUGCACCGCUGGGACAACACCACCGUAGUGGAACGUCGGUAGAAACCCACACAUACACACACGCAUUAUUGAAUAGUAAAAUUGGAAAGACGGUAGGGAUUGGGAUGCCAAUGGCUAUGAUGAAGUGAGAGUAAUAAAAUAAUUAGGAAAAUGAAAUAAUUUAUACAAUAAACAACCCGAUAGCAAUGCGGUGAAACAUUUGGAGUGAAAUCUAAAACAGUAGAAAUUGAAGGAAAUAAAAAGAAGGAGAAAAAAACAUAUAUGAUAUAUACAAAAUAACAAAUAGUAAGAAAAAAAGAGAAGAAACAAAAACGAAAAAAUAAAAAAAUAAACACACACACACCCAACUCUUAACAAACUCUCUUGUAGAUGGUGCAAAAGUAAUGCAAACAAAACAGACAGCCACACACCAUUCUCUUAUACAGAACAUAACACACACGCAUAUAGUAAUGUAAUACAGAAGAACCCUAAAAACACAAACACACAAACAUAAUGAAGAAACAACCUAACGGAUGAAAUAUAUUCAAACUGUCGGUGAUAUUUUUAGAUUAUAGAUAAUACGAAAGAAAGAGAAGAGAGUCUGUCAAAGGCGACAAAGGCGGGCACGGUAAUAGUGGAUGGAAGAGAGCAAAAGUGAACCGGUAUAACACAUAAUAAAUAUUAAAGUCAUUGAUAGCAAGUAAUAAAUAAAUGAAAAUGAAAAGGUGAAGAAGCAAAUGGAACGAAUGAAAAAAGAAAAAGAAAACCCCUCCUCCUACUAAUUAUACAACACAAACACACAGAUGCACACACUUACACAACAAAAAAAACACAUGGAAGGAAAAAUUGUGAAAUGAAUAAUUGAAAAGCAAGUGAAGUGGACUCGGAAGAAGACGAAAAUAGUUGUAAAAAAAAACAUCUAAACAAGUGGUUUUUUUCUUCUUCUGAUUGCUUCGAGAAAAUCAGCAAAAACAAAGGCAUAUAACUGUUCCUAUCGUUUGAACUGGGAGACGUGUUUCCCUUUUGAUUGGUUUGGCAACAGAAAAACGCAAACAGGGCAGUACUAAUCUGAGGUACUACUAUUGUACGGUAUACUAUAUUGUUCAGUUUUGGUUUGCAGCUCCUUUCGUAAAACAACUCGAACGUCGUUAUUGUUUUCUCUUCUAUUUUUCUCUUCCUUUUUGUCUCUAUUUUCUUCAGUCGUGAGAAUGGUGGUAGUGAUGGAGUUUAUUACUUCAAUGUUUUGUCGCUUCAAAACGUUUAGUUAAAUUAAUUGCACUUGCAUGUGCUUUCUAUUUUGUGAAUUUCAGUUUAAUCACCCAAAAAAACAAGAGCGAGCUCAGCUCAGCAAAUUUUAUCAACCAAUGGACAAUAAUGAAGGGCAAAAGUAAAGGAAGUAAACGAGGGAAAAACUUAAAAUCGUGCAUCGAAAACUGGUGGUUAGACACACUUGGACACUAUAAUUCGGGGAAAAAACGGAUCUAAAACGGUCUUCUUAAAAGCAAUUCGAUACGGAAUAGUUUUAUUUUUUUAGGUAUAUCGAAUGUUUAGGAGGGAACUAGGUUUUACACCAAAUGCAGCUACAUUAAACACAUACACACACAGAAAUGCAAACACAUACACAUAGUUCGUUAAACAAAAAUAGACAAAUCUACACGCGCACACACAUACAAAACAAACACAAACUUAAGUGAAACAAUUAUACACAUUUAUAGGAAUCUACUAUAUGUACGUAUACAAGAAAGUAGAGCAAAUAAGAAAAGAGAACAAACAACAACACAGCGAGAAAGAAAGAAAGAAACAUGAAAACAUUGUGCUACUGAUGGAGAUAAUGUUGCGGGUCUUCUUCCAUCAUGACCCCAUCAUGCAUUUGCCAUUGUGCAGGCAUUAUUUCACAUAGAUGUUGGUUUCUUGUUUUUUGUUUGUAUCUAUGUUCCCGUAAGACGAACUACAUGUAGCUCAAAUUGUUGCUAUUAUUCUGGGAAAAUUGGAAAUUAGAAUGUGGGACAAUACAACAUAGCGAUGCCAAAUUUCAUUCGAAACGCGCGAACAUUAUCUUAGCGUUGAGCGGUUAAGUGAAAGGAGUUACGGGGAAAUGGGAAAAUGUUUAAUAACAGUUGUAUUAUAGACGGCAUUUGUGAAGUAAAAUGGGUAAAACAACCAUCGAUAAGAGGGAAAGUAAGGAAGUUGGAAAUAGCAAAAUUUGAAAGCAAGUGCAAGAAAGAGGGUUUAUUUGUAUGUAGAACAAUUGAAUGAGGGCAACACAUACACAUUGACACACAUACACACACACGCACACAGACACGCAGGUGUAACUAUGGUUUUGUAACAGGAGCGCCCUUAUCGCUAAUAAUUUAUUAUAAUACCACCUUACUAAGUCGUCCCAUUACUAACUCGUACGUUAAACUUUGCGAGCUUACUGCCCGAGACGACUGAUAAGAGUACUGAUGACUUGAAGAAAUGAAAAAAAAGAACAACAACAACGCCCAAUAUCUAAAGAAGGAAAACAAAAUGCUGGUUAUUAUUAUGUUUAAAUCGAUAAUACUUCGUCGUAGUCCGAAAUUUGUAUUGUUCACUUACGUGCUUUAUUGUUUUGUAAUAGUGUUUCCUGUUUUUUUCCAGUUUAUGUUUUUUGUGUGAUUUGGUUUUCAUGUUCACUGGUAUGUUGUUAUACAUUUGUUUGUUUUUAUUUUCGGUUUAUUUCUCUAAUUUUUUCUUUUUUCUUUUUAGAUGUGAAAAGAAGAUGGAACAGAAGAAGGAUACACAAAAUACAAAACAUAAAUACACACACACACACACACGCACACUAAGUCAAUCGAAAAGCAAUCCAAACUCCUCAUCCUCCAUUGUAUCUCUAUUAUUGUAGCUCUGCGUAAGGUACGCUACUAAGGGAUGUGAAUCGACAAGGCAAACGAUUCGAUGGUGCGCAUGGUAUAAUCGAACGGCUGAUGUUUCACUGUGUGUUCAACUUUCAAGGUGAAAAGUGAUGCCUAUGCAUUAGAAAGACAGAAACGUACAUUGCAAUAGCUGAAACCGGAUCGUAGAAGCUGCAUAUAAACUAAGCACGAUCGAACAAUGGUGCAUUUAAAGGCGUAUCCCGCACCGCACAUCCUUCCCUUACUUUCGGAAUAGUUGAAGUGAAGAGCAGAAACACAUAAAGUACAUAUGGUUGUGUCAAAAACAUGAAACUACUCACAAAAAGGAUGAAACGCGAAACCGAAACCGCUACAGCCGUGUAUGUGUGGUAGCUUCACGUAUUAUCGUAACAUCGAAAGAUCACUUUCAUCCUAUAAUCAAACAUCAAACUGGAUUGUAGAGCAGUCCAUUUUUUCGACUGGUUUUGUAACAGCUGAAUAACUAAACGAUACUGAUUUUAUGUGGCAUUAAAAAGAACAGGAGCAGUCAUAUCAGUUUGAGUGUAUGCAAAAUGAAAAAAACGAAUAAUUAGUUUGAUGAGUGCGUUAUCUUUCAACGCAAUUGUUUACCAAGGCCAAGAUUUGAAAGAGAUUUGGUUUAAUCCGGGAAAACAUCACACACACACACAGGCAUGUUUAUUGUAUUGUGUUGGAUUAAUUUAGAUCCUUCGUUUCGUGUUUUCCACAGCAAAGCAUUACCAUUCACUGCGCCACUAAAGCAAUACCUUGAAAACUACAUCCAAUGUGCUGUUUUACAUCCAUAUUUAUAUAUAUACACAAGAAAAUACAUUAAGAAGAUCAAGCCUUCCAUACCUGUUGGCCAUGUAGCAAAAGAAAAGUCGAACGAAUAAAAAAGUGCGAGAAGGAGAGAGAGAUAGAAAGAGAGAGAGAGUAUAAAAAACCUUAAUAUAGUAAGGCAACUAUGAAAGAUAUAUAUAUAUUAAGGGCAAUAACAGCCCGCAAGUGUAAGGCCAGGGCCUUUUCUUCAUUUUACUGUGUCUUCGUAGAGCGUAUAUUGUAGAAGAUGAGGAGAAACUGCGGAAAAGAAAAGAAGAACAAAAAAAAGACGAAGUUAGGCAGGUGACGAUUAUUAUGAUCGAUUAUUAUGAUUAUUAUUGCUAUUAAAAAUAAACCAGAAAAAAGAAUAAUGUGAUAGAUUUAAAAAUAUAUAUAUAUGAAUAUAUAUACAUACCUACUGUACUGUAUAUGUACUGUCGUGUAUAAGUAUAAGAAAGUAUGAAAAAAAAACCGAAGCACUAAAAGGUGGGAGGAAAUACAAACAAAAAUCUAAAACUGGUAUAUAUACACAAGAAUAGGAAAAAGAAAACAAAUAUAUAUUAAUAAUGAUAAAACAAACCUACAAAGCAAACCGAAACAUACAUACAUACAUACAUACAUGCAGUACGUAGUGGAUAGGAAAAGGAAAGCAAGAAUGAGUGAAACAAAAAACAGCAAACAAAAAGAAGAGAGAAAAAGCUAUAUUUGUCCCCGAUAUAGACGAAAACCAUUUUACUUCUCUAGUGUGAACAGUGCGCGCCACAGAACAGAAGAAUCACACGUGCAGCACACGGUCUUGCGCCCAGUCAACUACAAGCUCUUCUUUACACGUAUUAUAUACAUAGAUAUAUACACUCAUAACUAACACGCAUAACAAGAGAAAGGAAACGAAACGUAGCGUCAAUGAUAUCUCUACACAUAAAUCUUAGAUAAAAACAGACAAACAAACAAACAAAUGACAUAAGAAAUGUGUUGGAAAUGGAAUAUUUGCCCAGGCAUAGAACAGCAGAACGAAACAAAUCACCCAUACACAAGCACGCAUACAUAUUAACCAGCGACACUUUCACUACUUCCCCACUCUCGAUGUAAUAUCAAAAUAAUGCACUCAAGCGAAUGGUAAAGCCUAUAAACGAUAACCCUAAGCAUAUGAGCAAACUAUCGCAGCCAGUUGUGAUACGGUGCAUGGAAAGUGUCGAUACAAGACAGCGGUUUUAUGUGAUCGUUAGCUUUCUUGCUCAAUGUGCUUUUUCGUCAUAAUUCCUUCAUAAAUUUUUCUUUCGCAAACAGCAAAACAUAGAAAGCAAAAAACUCUAUUGCUAGAAAAGCAAGAUCCUCAUUGUUUUGCACUGAUUCAUUUGAACAUUAAAAAGCGAACGAAAAACAGAAAUAAAUCCUCAGAACAGAAAGAAAGAAUUAGCGAAAUGAAAGAAAGGAAAUAAACAAACAACAGCGUAAUGCAUAAUGCGUAACGAAAAAAGCAAACACUAUCUUAACAAAACAAAACCAUUGAAAACGUAAAAUUAUAUCAAUUAUUCAGAGAAGCCAAAACAAACAUAACAAAAGCAAAACAAGACUUGGAAACGAACGGUGGCAAUUAACGCUCCUGUAAUAAAAGCAAUUACUACUUCCAGCGACGAUGGGGAAGUAGCGAUUUUAACGUGAGCAAUUAAACCUAAUGCAAUUACACUACUUUCACCCUCUCCUCCCCCCUCUCCCCUCACCCCCACUCUCCUCUCGCCACUUCUGUCCACUUUACUACUGAUCAUAGCCUGCUCAGUAAAUAUGAUAAAAUGAAACCUCUAAUCGCAUAAACAAAAGCACACGUAACUACGUAAGGGAAAAUGACGAACAAAAGUAAAACUCGAAUCGAAACAACAUCACGAAACCGAAAUCGAAACUGUUGUAGUAGUUUGUGGGAAAAUAAAUGAAAACAAACAAAAAAGAAAGGUAAACUAAAAGAAGGAAAAAACAAAACUAAAUAUCAACUUAAACUAAAAGGAAAAUUGAUACAAUAACGAACACAUAGGAAGCAGGAACAUAAGAACGACGGAGGGAAGGUAAUAAUGUUUGCAUGCAAUAGAAGCGGGUGACGAACUAAAAUGGCAUAAUCAAUCAAAAUCACUAGGUUCUUACUGGCUCCUAGCAGCAGCAGCUCCAUAAUAUCAAGAUUUACUUCGCAAAUAUUCUUAGCUCUUAUUUAGCUCUCUUCUAACUUUGCGAACAAUGGCUACACGUAAAACUACAUGGAAAAAGGAAAUGAUGAUACUACUUACCCUAUCGCUAUUAACUCAGUAUGCUUUGCUCUUGCUGGUGUUUUGGUUUGAGCACGUUUGUUUGAACUCUCUUUCUUGCUAUUACUCAUGUCAAUUCAUGGCUUAGCUUUUAAGUUCAAUCACUUUUUUUCUUUAUGCUACCAUCACUUUUCUGUUGUGACUUCAAAAAUUUCUUAUUUUUUCAAUUGGUUUACUAAAGUAUUUAACAAAUUUGUGUUCUAAAAAUCUGUUACCACAAACCGUUGCCGAAAGCAAGAACAACACAUUACUGUGCUACAUAGCGAAGCAAAUCAUUAUCGAACCGAAAACAUCAACAAACCCCCUACUCUAAAAUAGUAACUCUUAAUGCUCUUUAAACUCACUGCACUGUCAGGCUCUUUUAAUCUACACUUUUAAACAAAACAAAACAACAACAAAAAAACAAAACAAAAAUGGCGCUACACAACACAAAAGCACUAACUUACAGUUCUAGAAAACAGUCGUAGAGCAGAAAACAACAAAUGAACAAUGAAAAAAACACUACUCGCAAAAGCCACUUUCUAAUGAUGAUACUGAAGAGAAGAGAAUUGCAACAAAAACUAAAUAACUAAUACACAUCUACAAACAACAAAACACAUAACACCGCUGUGGUGAACAGUGGUGAAAAGAAGAAAUAAAUCAAAAACUAGUCUGUCGAAAUGAGUCGAAACAUUUUAAAACGUGCAGUGUGGAAACGAGAGAAAAAAAACCGGAGUCAAGAAAGUAAAGAUUGAAAGUGAAAGCUAUAAAACUUGGUGACGCUGUGUACUGUGUUUUCCUUUUUUUGCUCCCCCGCGGAGUGCAUACACGCGUUUGCAUUUAUAUCAGUCCUAACUAGCAAAACACAGCAGCGGUCUCGACAAUUGUUGAAUUACACAUUGAACUACUACCCCGAACAGCACCUCAGAAGCAAUCCAAUCCCAAUGCACCCAAUAUCUCCCAAAAUGUAGCGAUCGAUGCUUUGAGCAUCGCAUUGCUUCAGUCGAUUAGUUUACCCCGAUACAUAGACAAACCGAAAGAAGGGCUCCUUGGUAUGAUUGAAACGAAAAGGUGCUACUGAACGACGAAUGAAGAUGCUACCCAUUAGGUAGGAGAAGAGCAACGAGCAACCAAACAGACAAUUGGUAUCACGUCAAUGAUAUUAUCAAUGGUUUUACGUUUCUUCCUUCGCCUGAAAACUACUUCUACUUCCCCCCCAUGUGUGUGUCAAUCAACAAUUUAUUUCAACUGUCGACAAAACAAAAGCUAAAAUGAAAGCAGAACUAAUUGUUGCAUUCUUACACUUCAGAGGGAGAGUAUGCACACAGAAUCAAAGUGAAACCCGAACUAAAACAAAACAGGCCGAAAUAAAGAGCGAGAUUAGUGAAAGCGAAGAAGGAAGAGUAAAAGUAAAAAAAA